AUGGUCCGCUCCAAAGAAGGCAAACGGACGCGACGCCCGGAGAUCCGCACUCGGACCGGCUGCUGGAAGUGUCGAGAGCAACGGCCUAUCUGCCGCCACUGCGAGCGGCUGGGCUUCGUCUGUGCCUACGAUUACAGGCUGACCUGGCAGUCUGUCUACGUGCAUGACCAGCAGCCGCCAGCAACCCCGGCGAGGAGACGCCCGCCGGCCCGCAAUGGAUGGCACCGCAUCUUCCAGUGGAUGUUUCUCAACACAGGCUACGAUGACUUCCAUGCUCUGCCCACUUCAAAACAUGCUGGAGGAGCGUUAUCUACAUACUCUGAUGCCACGUCUGAGAUCGAGACGUUGACAACCAUUUCAACGCCAGCCGUCUCUUCACCCUUAUCACUCACACGAGCUUCAACCCCUUUGACACCCUGGGACGGUUCCGAGCCCAACCAGUCGCUUGCUCUCUUCCCACCAUCACGGUCGUUGUCGCCGCUACCCCUUGCUAAUCACCAUACCUACCUGUGGGAGUACUUUGAUAAAUGCAUUACGCCGCAGUGUGUCAUCAACACACUCAUCAACCCAUAUCGAGACAUCCUCCUCCGCGUUGCUGCAUCGUCUCCGGACGGUCCACUCCUCCACUGCAUCCUUGCCGUAUCAGCAAAUGAGCUUCACAAUCUUGGCAACAGCACGUUCAAGACGACGAUAUGGGAUCAUCGUGCGAGAGCUCUCAACCUCCUGAGGAGGGAGGUGGAGGUUGACUCCCUGGGUGCCAGCUGGGGCUUGACGAGCAGGACAAGCCAGGCUCAGGUGUUGCUGUCGACAUUGAUGCUCUGCUUCUUCGAGAUCACGCAAGAUUGCUCUGAAAGCUGGACAUUUCACUCCAACUUCGUGCGCUCCUACCUGGUCAACAACAACAUAGAAGGCCAGAUCGAAGACGAAGAGCAGCAAAGCAUCGUCCAGUUUGCCGCCGAUUACUUCUCGUACCACGACAUUCUCGCCGCAACGGCAUUGCCGGCUCGCGAGCCCUUAAACUGGCCGGAUAACCGCUUUCGGCAAACGGACUCUGCUGUAGAGUCGUUCACGGGAUGCAGGACCGAGCUGUUGAAUCUCAUCGAUGAGAUCUCCAGACUCGCCACUCUCGGCCAGGAUGAGUCGUCUAGAGAGGAUCGGCGGAUGCAACGAAAUGCCAUCGAAAGGAGGCUGCACGACAUUGCUGAGCCUGCUCUCGACCUCGAGGAUGAGAAUGCCGUCAUAGCCGAGACGAAGCGGCUGGCUGCUCUUAUCUACCUCUACUCGAGAAUCGAUAACGCCGGGCCUCAAGACACCUUACUUGAGCGCCCGACACGGCGAAUCCUAGAGCUGAUGCCCAGCAUCUCGAUGCGAACCAAUGCUCUCCUGUGGCCUCUCUUUAUCGUCGCUACGCUGGGUAUGCGGCCGGAGUGGGAAGAAGACCGGAUGUUCCUGUUGGAGCGUCUCAGUGCGUUGCAGGACACAAGACAACUAGGAAAUGUGAAGAAGGCACGCAAGGUGAUCGAGGAUGUUUGGAAAGCACGAGAUAUUAGUCGGCAAGAGGCCUUGAAGGGUUGGACGAUCCUUAGGAACAGACAUGGUGCACUGAGUCUAGCCUAA